AUGCGACUCGGCUUGGGGGCCGGCAUCGUACUGUCAUCCCCAAAGGGCGACCGGCUUCGCUAUGCACUCCAGAUCCACUUCGCCGCCUCCAACAACGUCGCCGAUUACGAAGCCCUCGUGCACGGCCUCCGGCUGGCCAAGGAACUCGGCAUCCGGCGCAUCCUGUGCUACGGCGACUCGAACCUGGUGGUGCAGCAAUGCUCUGGCGAAUGGGACGCCCGCGACUCCAACAUGGCAAGCUACCGCUUCCUCGUCCAGAGGUUGUCCGGAUCCUUCGAGGGCUGUGAGUUCCUCCACGUCCCGCACGCGGAGAACGAAGCAGCCGACAUGCUCGCCAAGAUCGCCUCGUCACGACAAGCCACCCCGUCCAACGUCUCCCUGGAGCACCUGCGCAAGCCGUCCGUCAAGCCAUCGCCGGACUCCGAGUCCAUCCACGUUCCAGACGGCCCGGCCGCACCUCAACCCGGCCCGGGGACUGCUGAACCCGGCCCGGGGGCUGCUCAGCUCGACCCGCCUACCAUCAUCCCGGACCCUGCCGUCGCCAUCCCCGACCCGAGGGCUGCCGACUCGGAACCCACCCUGGCUACCGUCUUCGCCGUGGCAUCUCCAGCGCCGCGUCGCGACAUCGACGGCUCUCCCCUCGCGGCCUCCGGGUCCGGCGAGGUGCCGGUGUCCUCCUCAGCAUCCGCGUCGCGGUAG